UGUCAAUCGUCUUCCGCAUAGCAGUGUAGUUACUUUGCUCGGUUAUUAAGUUAGUGUUAAAACACUGCUCUCUCAAAUAAUUAGGUGAUUAUGGAGCAGGCACGCAGCACUGGCAGUGGGCUCCGGCUGUCCGUUCUUCAGAGGAAUGCAUCUUCCCUAUUACCAGAAUGUUCCAAUUCCUCAUUUUACAAACUCAGUGAUGAGACUUUUCCCAAUGUUUCAGGAAUUUUUGAUGAGACUAUGGAUCCGUCCUUCACGUCAAAUGGACCAGUAGCUCCCUCAAAUUUGUCCGCUCAAGAACAGUUAAAAACAUUCACAAAAACUCAAGAUGAGGUCUUUUCAGGAGCAGGAGUUCAUACAAAGGCUGCAUAUAACAGCUGGCUUAGUAUACCAAUAGAGAAUGGUCAUUCAAUAGAUUUCAGCAUGUCCAUUACAUCUGCAAAGGACAGUCAUGAAGACAUUACUCAUGUAACUGAAUCCAAUCCAAGGGGAGGUGUACCUGAUGUCUGCUGUCAUUCCAUACAGUCCACAAGUUGUACAGAAAAAUGUGACUUAGGAGUGGAGUCAAAGAACAGUACUUUUGACAUGGCUAAAGACCUUAAAGAGAAGUUUUCUGGAUUAAAUUUGACUAAUCCUGUUCCUAAUGAAACAGGGUCAAGCAACGUUACUCUUGAAAAGUCGGAAGAAGUUCAAGAAAAGUUGUCCAGACUUGGUUGUACUAUUUCAAAUGAUGAUGACGCAAGUGUGGAAGACAAGCAUUUACAUGAAAAAUGUUUAAACUCAACUGUUGAGUUUGAGGGGCCACAAACAUCUACCACAGAGCAGACAACUCAGAAGCUCAAUGGAACUGUAGAUAUUACUCAGUCAAAUGGACAUAAACAAGAGCAGAGCACUGAAGGAUGUAUAUGUAGUAAGGACUGUGAAAAGCAAAGCACUUUUACAAAGGCUGCAGAGGAGACCAAUGCAUCCGUUAACUUGAGUGCUGAUGUUCCCACAGAAGUUGCUCAUCCAGGGUCUGUAAAUGUGGAACCUGUUGACCGAACAUUCACUAAAGCCAAUACAACCACUGACCUCUCACCUCCAGAGCUUGAUCCCGACUUGACAAAUGCCACUCGGAGUAUGAUCAAAAGCUCCAACAUGGAAUUACCAAUGCAGUCUAGUACUAACUGUGGUAUAACUGUAAAAGACACACCUGUAUCUGGAUCAGCUCCAGUCAACACUGCUGCACCAGUGAAAGUUGAUGUGGCUGACUGCUGUGGCAGAACUCUAGAUCUUCCUGAGACUGAUGGUAAAGAGCAGCAACAGGACCUAUUUAGGAGAAAAAAUGGAGUUUCUGAUGGUGAAGUUUGCCACAACUUGGACAUCAGCCAAAGUAGUAUGUUUUCAUUGGAUGAGAUGCUUGAUUUGAAACCAUGUCCCCUUGUUGCAUCUACACCUAUUGUUCUGGGAAGAGACUUUGAUAGACUGAGAUCUGCAAAGCCCACAAAAGUACAAAAACCACACUCUGUGAUCAACAGUAUGGACACCCAGCUAAACAAUGACACGGUUGAUGUUGGCGAGACUGAAGGAUUGGAUGCAUCAAAGACACAGCCGUUGCCCGUCAAGUCUGACACCUGUAGUGAGAUCCAGAAAGUUUCAGCAAACGGCAAGUCAAAUUCCACUAGCUCUGAAGCAGCGGUUGUGAACAAACCCCCUUUGAAAACUGCAGUCAGAAGGAAAAUUCCCCAACCCUCUUUUAAAUCCAAUAUUCCCAAGACUCAGCUCCUUUCAAGGCCUCCCACCUUGCAGGUCACGUCAGCGGUGGUUAAACCAAAGAUUGCAGCAGCACAAGCUUUAAAUCAGCCAGAGACGUCCUCAUCUGCUCUACACAGCAUGAGGAGGACAGUCCAGCUUAAUAAAGGGAAAACGCUUGCUUCUGCAAAGAAUGCUUCCACUAUAAAGUCUACAUCUGUGGCUACUUCCACCAGAACAUGUAAUUUGACUGCAGAUAAAAAGGCUGGAAACACUUGUAUAACAUUGCCUAAACCCUCUGGGUUGCAACCCUCUGGUCGAGGAAGAUUUGGUCUUAAGCCACCUGGGGGUGCUGUUUCCUCAGAAGAAACUGGUCAGUCUCAGACCAACAGCAAACCAGCUGGUUUAUCAGGUACAAGGACAAGGAAUUCACUGCUUCCCGGGUUUUUCUCAAAGCAUGCAAGCAGUGGUGCCUUGCCAUUGGCAAAAAGGAAGAAAAUUGAUCUACAGAACCAGCCUAGCUGUGUUGGAGCUCCAACAGGCUCCGAGGCAGGGGAAAGUGUUCACAAGAAUGUAACUGCUCCCACAGACAUCACAUCAGAGACAUCCAACGCUGCUACGAACUGUGGAAAGUGUACAGUACUUCAAGAGAAAUUACACACACUUCAUGAAGACAUGGUGGGAUUUCUUCAGGAACUUGGUCGACUACCAUCAGAUUGUAAAAAGUGGAUCUCGCUUCAACAAAAAAUGGAGUUCUAUUUAGAAGAGGUUAAGAGAUUACAAACAGAUCAUUAAGGAAGAGGAGCUUGAUUGGCCCACAAAUUCAGUGUUUUUGUAUAAUAAAAUUGAAUAUCCUGUAUAACAUUAACUUAUUAUUUUUCCUCAUAUUGUAUUUUUAACAGAAUAGGUUAUCAAAAUGUUUUUAGGCUCCAUUUUUUCCUUUGUGGCACAGAUGGCAACCUGAUUCACUUUUGAAUUUUCUUCGUAUUUUGUCAUCUUGGAAACCAACUGGGCCUUUUUUUUUUCUUUUUUUUUUAAUUGGGUCAGCAAUUAACUUGUUAAUGCUUUUACAAUUAAGUUAAACAGUGGUACUGUUUCUGUUAAAAAAAAAAAAUCCUAAAAUGGGCACUUUUGGAAUUUCUUUACAGUAUUUCUGUU